UUUACACCCGACACAUGCCACUUAAUCAUUGAGCAACACAGUCAGCACAGCACUGAAACACAAGCUGUCACAGUUUUCCAGGCAGAGAAGAUACAAACGGCACAAGCAUGGGAGAGUGGGGCUUUCUCUCCAAGCUGCUGGACAAAGUGCAGUCUCACUCCACGGUCAUUGGGAAGGUGUGGCUCACUGUCCUCUUUGUCUUCAGGAUCAUGGUCCUCGGAGCUGGGGCUGAAAAGGUGUGGAGCGACGAACAAUCAAAAAUGAUCUGCAACACUAAGCAACCUGGUUGUACGAACGUGUGUUACGAUCACACCUUUCCAAUCUCCCACAUUCGCUUCUGGGUACUUCAGAUCAUCUUUGUGUCCACUCCAACACUUCUAUUCUUCGGUCAUGUUCUGCAUAUCCUCCACAAAGAUAAGAAACUAAGACAGCAGAUUAAAAGCUAUGAGGAAAAGCAAGGCCUCAAACAUUCCAAAUACACUAACGAUCAUGGUAAAGUUAUAAUCAAGGGUCAGUUAUUAGGUAGUUACCUAGCCAGCCUGUUUGCUAAGAUCUUGCUUGAGGCUGCGUUUAUUGUAGGCCAGUAUUAUAUUUACGGUUUCAUGAUGAUCCCUAAGAUUGAAUGCUCCCAGUCUCCUUGCCCUCAUACGGUCGAGUGUUACAUGUCUCGUCCCACAGAGAAAACCAUCUUUAUUAUCUUCAUGCUGGUGGUGUCGUGUAUCUCUCUGCUUCUGAACGUGGUUGAGAUGUUCUACCUGAUUUGCCGCAGGUCAAAGAGACAUCGUGAGCAGAUGAACAGAUGAAAGACGUUCUCGCAAGGUUUAAACGGACCUUCAAAGUCUACCUACACUUAAGACUGAAAAGACCAUGUUUGGAGUUUUAAGCUCUUCCAAGAGCUACAUGACUUUAAGAUCUGGGUAUUCAAAUUCAAGCCAUUUUGUGAUCAUUUUGUUUUGCACAGUUUAUGUUUUGCUGUGAUAUGAUGAUAUGUAUUUUGAACAAUGUUUGCUCCAGAAUGAAUGUUGAUGUACAUCUGCAUGGUGCCACAGGGCAUUUCAGGUAAUUUUAUAUGGACUUUUAACCUUUAUUAAUGUAAUAACUUGUCAUAUGACCUAUCAUUUAUCUCUUCUUAUAAACUUUUGUGAUGCUUUAAUUGUGUUACAGUAGAAUUGUCAUACAACACUAAGACAACAGUUCAUUAUGUAGCACACUACAUAUUUUCAUUAUAUAGUAACUCUCUCUCUCUCUCUCUCUCUCUCUCUCUCUCUCUCUAUUUGGUUAAAGCAAACCACAUGUAACUAUAUGAGAGCAGUGUUAGUAUAUGACGUUAUUUGUUUCAUAAUAAUAGCAUAGCUCAUGAGAAUAUUAGCACUUGUACAUAAUUUUUUUUUUAACCGUGCGACCCGUGAUAAAGGUAAUAAGCUGAAGAGAGAGAGAGAGAGAGAGAGAGAGAGAGAGAGAGAGAGAGAGAGAGAGAGAGAGAGAUUCUGCUUUUAAUCAUGAACUGUUUUCAUUAGUUAAAUGAAUGUGUUAAAACCUUUGUAAAUAUUAUAAUUUUUUUCUUGUUAAGAUAUAUUAAAGUAUUGCUCAGUCAGCUAAUGAUGUGUGGGCUGAAGGCGAUAUUAGGAAAUGUUAGUUUUAUUAAUUUCAAUUAAAGGGGAGAUCCAAACAUAUCAAUCGUAUACUCACCAUCGUGUUAACGUACAAAUACAAUAAACAAAUGAGUAAAUGUCA